UACUAACCACCAGAGAGGACACAGAAGACCGCUGUCCUGAGAAAAAGAUAAACCAACAGGAUCAAUAAACAAGUGAGGUUCUCUUGUUCCAGUGAUCACACGCACCAAAGGAAGGUAAACCCCAGCUACACCAUCAGCGGCUCCAGCAGAAGAGUCUCCGAGUGAACCUAAAGCCUCUACGAGUCAAACUCGUCGCAUCGCAAAGGAGUCAUGGCUUUGGACGGAUGCGGCCUCGUUUGCAAAUACAUCCUGUUGCUCUUCAAUCUGAUCUUUGCGGUGCUGGGUUUUGCCUUGUUGGGCCUGGGCCUGUGGCUGAGGUUCAGUGACAACACCAGACCAAUCUUUGAAAUAAAUGCCCUCAACUCCAGCACAUUUGUCUUGGGUGUGAUUUUACUGAUAGCACUUGGCACCGUGAUGCUGGUCGUAGUUACGGUUGGAGACUACGGGGCCUGUAGCGAGAAGAAAUAUGCUCUCCAAGUGUUCUCUGUUCUCUUGUUCAUCCUGGCGGUUGCCGAGACCGUUGUUGGAGUGCUCGCUUACACAUGGAGGGAAGAGGUUGGGAUGAGGGUUGUGGAGUUCUACACGAGCAUCUAUACUUUGUUUGCAGUCAGCGGAGACGCGGGCAUUGGUGUCACACUAAUGUUCAUUCAUAAGAUGCUUCACUGCUGUGGUGUGACAGGGGUCACGUUGUUGGAGGCUGUUUCACAGACCUGCCCCGAGCCAAAAAGCUUCUUCGAGAACAUUGCCAUGCCUACAUGUCCUGGGGUCAUCACUGAUUUCUUCAACAGCAACGCACCUAUGGUGAUGGGCAUCUUCAUUGGAACUGGAGCUCUUUUGAUCAUUGCUCUCAUAUGCAGCAUGAUCCUCAAUCAGAAGCUUCAUGUGUCCAGCUCAUCUCCUCAGUACAUCAUGUUGACCAACGCUGCGCCGUCCCUGCCCAACGUUUCCCAGCAUGGACAUGUCUCCAGCUUGAACCCUGACCAAGAACCAGCCCUCUUCACCCCUCUCACUGAGGGCAAUAUCACUGUGGUCCAGACUUAAUCUGCUCCCAUUACAAUUAUUGACCCUAUUCCACAAUUGAAAAUAAAAGCUUCUCCUGGUAGGAGCUGGGAUAUCACAUAACCUACAACCUAUAUAACCCGCUGCUGAAAUACCUUUACUUGCAUUAGCAACUACGACAAAACAAGUUACAUCAAUGACAUUAACAAGGCUACCCAAUCAUGGCAUGAUAAAAAUUGAAUUUCUUUCUGAUAAGCACUUGCAUAUAUAUUUUAAACACUUUCAUGUUUCCUUUUUAUAAAUAAGCCAUUUCCUUCCUGUUCAUGAUCUACUAUCACUACACUCUGUUCUAAAAUGUCAUACAAACACCCAAGUCCAGACUCAAUAAUAUUUUCACUCUCUUUGUAUGGCAAGUUUAAUCUUAGCUUUCAGAAGGGGGGUCAUUUAUUGCUUUAUUUUCCCCUCUACUUUCUAUGUCGUGCAUGACAGAUCACUGCUCUGGGGUGUGCCAUUAUCCUCUUGAGACAGAUCAAGAAAGACCUGAUGGCUGCCGCUACCCACUACUCCGCUGUCUACUA